GGAAAUGGCACAAGCGUUCGGAUUCCUCCAACCGCUUGUCCCUGUAGUUUUGUACGAAACUAAGGUUCGUUUGUUCCAACGGCGUGUUAUUUGUCCCCGGGAUUUUUGCUCAGCAGAGCCAUCAAAGUGUUUCUUUGUGUGUUGAGAGCUACGUGCAAGAAGCACUAAUGUCCCUGCAUGUAGUUUCAUGUGUGACACCCAGAAAAUUGUUUAGUCAUCCUAACAACGAGUGAGUGUGGAAUCCAAACUUGCUCUCACCAGUACAAAACGUGUAUGUAACUCUGGUGGUUGUUGAGUCUGUCUUUGUGUUGUCUUACUUUAGUUCCUGUGUGGUUUUCUUGUAUCCUCUGCAAGCAGUAGGAGUAGCAGUAGCUCGCUUGGUCAAAGCCAAAAGAGAAGCCCGUUUAGUAAUUCUUGCAAUGGGCAACAUGAAUUUGUAUUUGAUUGCACCUUUAUCCAGCUGGGUGGCAAAGCCGCACAAGAAUUUUCAGCAGUCGACAAUCAUUUUCCCAUAGAUACUUUUUUCCAUAUAUAGCUUAGUUACGUUACAGUUACAACUCAUAAGCACGCACUACACGACAAGAUGGCAGAGCAGCAGCCCGUGCAGCCGCAGCAGCAGCAGCAGGUCCAGUAUGAAGAGACCCAGCAGAUGCAGGGACAGUACUACGGCGCGUUCGUAACGCAGGAUGGGUACAACGUGCCAGCCGGAGUCUUCCACCCACCAGGGACAAUUCAGAUCCCAGGUAGGAAUUUGAAUUUGUUUUGCUUUAUUUGGAAUGAUUAUUAGUAGGUGACGAAAAACCCUGGCCCUGCACCUGCUGCCACGGCAGAAAAGCUGUAAGUAGGAAUUACAUGAUCACAAAAGCGAUUCCAACACUCUACACAUAUGCAGGUCAAUCCUUCGUCGGUCCACCGCUCGGGGGUGAUGGGUACUUGCAGCUCGGGCAGGCACCGGGCGGUAUAGAGAUCUAUUUUCAUUUUGCUUCUCUGCGCAGAACGAAGAACAAGUUCUAGUUGGCGUAGCGCUUGUGAGGCCGAUUCUCCUUUAUUUGGCUGUUUGUGCGGUAUAUGUGAGGUUCGUUGCUUGAAAAAUAUCAGGGUUCAACACACAACCGCUCCAAAUCGGGAUUCCCGGAGGAUUUCACUUCGCACCAGAAUAUUCGAACUACGACGCACCAGCAGCGCAGACGCCAUCGGGAUACCGUAUUCAUAAAACCAUUCCUAUUUCAACAUAGAGUGUGACUUUCUUUGCUGAAUCGGAACAAGAUUCAAGUUGCAAUUGUGUCAGCCGAUAGAAAAACUAAAGCGCCUUGUUUUCAUCAAAACAGCAUCCGCCUACCCUACCCCGAUCACACGAGAUGCUGGCUUCACGAAGAAGAAGGCAAAGAGCGCGUGGUGCGAGUGCUUUUCGAAGAAGUUUAGUUGAAUUGCAUCAUGCACAACCACCGUCCGACGGGCAACUAGAUGCUGCUUACCAGCUUAUCUUGUUUACACUUGCUGACUAUUUUCCAAACAACUAAACUACAAGCACAAGCACAACUGCUUCGUUGUCACUGUCAUAGGUAAUUCAUUUCCACAGAAAAAUCGCGCUGCUCGAAAGUUCGCUCUGACGCGAUUAUCGAAACCUGGUUUUACAGUCUACGCCAGCGCACCUGUAAGGUGAAACAAAGAUGAGCAUGCUGUAACUAGAGCAAAGUCAUCUACUUCUACGGAGAUAAAAGGUCUCCUUGUAGAUUGAGGAAGUUGGACGAGGUUCAUAAAUACGCACAGAGAUGAAAGUUGGAAAAGUUUUUAAUCCACUUGGUACUGAUGGUGCCCACUCGACCACGGAUGUGCGGUCUCUUCCAGCGUGUUUGCGUAAGCGAGUCGUGCCGAAGCUGAAAGGUGCUGUAGAUUCAGUUUUCAUGAUCAUGAUCGCCGGAGGAAGAUGCUGACGAACACCAUGCGAAACACAAUUCGACGAUGUUGGUAUCCAAGGUCAGAUCAUUUUGCUUCCCCCGUCAAAAA